AUGGAGGUCCCAGAGACGGUGCUGCCUCUGAAGGAUACGGUGAUCAAGUUUCCCUCGGCAGAUCUACUGACUUGGCCCUCGUUCACCGAGACUUUAUUCGAUCACCUCCGUCCGCUUCCGCCCACGAUCGAUCCUGCCAAUAAAGAUCUCUGGAACCUUUCUUACGCUUCGACCUUCUCUGGCAAGAAGAUCGUUACCGUUCCAAACACCGACAAGUACACGACACCGUCAAGCAUGCUCGCAUCGGGGCACUUUUCGAACAACCAAGCAGGGCAGUUGAAGGUGCUAGUCGUUCUGACAUCCACGGAUGUGGUUGAUAAGCAGGAGCCGGUCACACCGUUGAGGCCAGAUCAAUGCUCGACGCCAGUCAAGGAAGACAAGAAACGGAGGGUCAAGCAAGAAGACAUAAGCCCAGCCUCUAGACGCAAGAAGCGCGUCAAGCAAGAGGAGCAGGUCAAGGAAGAGAUACGCGUCAAGAUUAAGCACGAAGAGCCCGUUUCAACUUCAUCCUGCCAGAGCCCGACACGCGACGAGCUUGGAUAUACUGCCAAAGAAAUUGUUGGACAUGGGGAUGCGGUAGGCCUUGGUGAGCUGGAAGAUCCACUAUGCGAUUUAGUGUUUGGCAGUGACCCUAGUGGAAAGGUGUAUAAAGGCGUGGUGGCCGAAGGAGUCGAAGUAGACGAAGAAGAUAGAGAGGAGGAGACAAGUUUUGUUCCGGAGUUCGUAAACCCGGAGUCAAUUUCCCAAGCCUUCAAGGGAACUUAA